AUGAGCCAAAUAUUUUUGGCUUUUACUUGUGCUCUGCUGACUUUGCUGUGCUGUCAGAGUCUGCUGGCAGCUACUGUGCGUCCCUACAAAUUCGGCUUUACCAUCGAGGAGCAACAGCAUCGUGCCGAGAGUCGAGACGAGAAUGGCAUCGUAAUGGGCGAAUUUGGCUUUAUUACCGCCGAUGGCAUCUACCAUGUAACUGUCUAUGCGACUGACGAGAAUGGCAAGUUUCGCAUCAUCUCCAUGAAGAACUUUCCGUAUGCAGGUCCCAAAGCGCCCAAGAGCCCGCCUCCAGCAACGAGCACACAGCGCACCACGCCGCCUGUGACCAAGCACAAUUUCCAUACGGCCGCCUGUUCGGGCUGUUUCCUGGCCACAUCCGCGCCAGAAACGAAGAAUACUGCAAAUGCCGAAGGUAAUCGCAGUACGAAAAACGAUAUACGUCCGCUCUCGCAGCCGCUGUCCACGGCGGCAGCCGCUGUGCCAGGGGCUCAGCCAGUACAACAACCCAUCAAUACAGUUGGCAAUGCGGCAGCUCGACCAGCCGUGACAUCCACCAAGCCGCAACAACAAUCAACUGGCUUCACGACGCCCUUGUCAGGUUCACAAUCACAGCAGCGACCACAGCCAGCUAGCAGCAGCUCAGCCAGCUUCAAGCCAACCACAGGAGCAAGUCAGCAGCAACCAGCUGCAGGCAGCUCAGCCAACUUCAAGCCAACGUUAGGUGCAACUCAAACACAUCAGAGACCACAACCAUUGGGUAGCAAUGCAGCAAGUUACACACCAACUGCCGCAGCUCAGCCUGGCGUGGCAGCAAAGAAGCAAAUACAACCACCCAGCAGCGGCUCAGCAACUUAUACGCCAACAAACACCGCAUCGAAGACAACAACCAACUCAGGAGCGGCUGGCAGCGCAGAUCUGACCGGCGACUUGUACAAAUUCAAAUACCUGCUGGACUACAAUGGACACGAGGAGACUGGCAGCCGGAAUGGCGAUAAGGUGGGCAACUACUUUGCCAUCGGCGACGAUGCUGUGGAGCGCAUGGUUGAGUAUAUUGCGAACGAGUUCGGCUUCCAGCCGCACAUCAGCUGGCGCAAGUUGGAGGGCAACGAGGCAGCACUGCCAGCCGAAAAUUCGCUGAAGCACUACGAGUUCAAGUGGUUCAACAAGGACACACAGUAAUACAUAAGCAAUAACUAUGCUAAUUAGUAACAUCUUGUAUAUAAAGUAAAGAAAAAGGAGAAGAAAAACA